AUGUUGCAUGCUCGCCACCGGGGUCCAACAGAAGAAGAUCAUGAUCCUUGUGUGCCUGCUCAUACUGAGCCUGGUGGUGGUUGGCUACGUGUCCAGUAUGUUCAUGUGAGCGGGCCGAGGUCGCUCGUACAACGCACUAUGCUCAAAGGUUCUACCUCACCUUAUACGAGAGACGCUGAAAUGAAUUUUGCAAGUGAUCACUUGCGCCAAAAUAGAAUGGUGUUCAACGGAGUGUUUGUUUCGGAUGGGUGUAGCGUAGCUGUGUUAGCCUCGAUGCGAGGCCGUGUACCUGACACCAAUGUGCCGUCGCCAGCGGUGGAACGCCGCGUCGUCGGGCACACGUUCGCACAAUCACGCGCGAGCACGCGCCAAACGCUCGCCAAUGAAGAGGUUUGCUCGCGCAUACCAGAUAGUUGGCCGCAAACCUCUUUCUCGUCGAGAUGUAAAAUAAUUCGUUAG